GCAGGCCCCGCCCACGACCCGGGUCCCGCCUGGAGUCCGCGCCCGGAGUCCCGCGCCCGGGUGUCGGAUCUUCGCCAGCAUGGUGGUACCGGGAUUUGCAUUUGGGCUGGUGCUGCCUUUAAUCCUGCCGGCCGGCACAAGUGCAGAUGUUGGUUUUCGCUUCGCCUCAUACAUCAAUAAUUACAUGGUGCUGCAGAAGGAGCCUGCCGGGGCAGUGAUUUGGGGCUAUGGCAUAUCGGGGGCCACCGUGACAGUGACUCUGUACCAACAGCAGGAAGCCAUCAUGAAGAAAGUGACAAGUGUGAAAGCACGCUCUCACAGCUGGAUGGUGGUACUGGAUCCUAUGAAGCCUGGUGGACCUUACAAGGUGAUGGCACAGCAGACUUUCAGGAGAAAGAACAUCACCCUGAGAGUUCAUGAUGUCUUAUUUGGAGAUGUCUGGCUUUGCAGUGGGCAAAGUAACAUGCAGAUGACGGUUUCCCAGGUAUUCAAUGCCACAAAAGAGCUGGCUAACACCGCGGCCUAUCAGUCUGUCCGCAUCUUCUCCGUGUCACUCAUUCAGGCAGAGCAGGAGCUGGAGGACCUUGCUCAGGUUGACUUGCAGUGGGCUAAGCCCACCUCAGAGAACUUAGGCCAUGGAAUUUUCACGUACAUGUCAGCAGUGUGCUGGCUCUUUGGGCGUUACCUGUAUGACACUCUGCAGUACCCCAUCGGGCUGAUCUCCUCCUCGUGGGCUGGGACACCCAUUGAAGCCUGGUCAUCUGGAAGGUCGCUGAGAGCCUGUGGUGUUCUGACGCGAGGGUUGAUUCAGUCUGAUUUUGUGACUGGUCCCAGUAAGUACUCUGUUCUCUGGAAUGCCAUGAUCCAUCCACUGCAUAACAUGACUCUGAAAGGGGUGAUCUGGUACCAGGGGGAGUCCAACGUGAAUUUUAACAGGGACCUGUAUAAUUGCACGUUCCCUGCGCUCAUUGAAGACUGGCGCCAGACCUUCCACCGUGGCUCCCAGGGGCAGACAGAGCGUUUCUUCCCGUUUGGAUUUGUCCAGUUGUCUUCAUAUCUGUCUGCAACCUCAGAUGACACAUUUCCCCAGAUCCGUUGGCAUCAAACAGCAGACUUUGGCUAUGUCCCCAACGCAAGGAUGCCCAGCACUUUCAUGGCGGUAGCAAUGGAUCUCUGUGAUAGGAAGUCACCUUUUGGCAGCAUCCACCCUCGAGACAAACAGACGGUGGCCUACAGGCUGCACUUGGGGGCCCGGGCUGUGGCUUAUGGUGAGAAGUUGAUCUUUCAGGGACCACUGCCUGAGAACAUGGAACUCUUGGCUGACAAGGGGCUGCUCAACCUCACAUAUUCGCUGGAAAUCCAGGUGCAGAGGCAGCACAAUAUAUUUGAGAUCUCAUGUUGCAGUGACCAUCAGUGCAAGUGGCUGCCAGCUCCCCUGGACACGGUCUCGGCCCAGAGCCUGGCCCUGAACGUCCGUUCUUGCCGUGGCACCCCGGCCGCCCUGCGCUACGCCUGGGCCACGUGGCCUUGUGAAUAUAAGCAGUGCCCCCUGUACCACCCUGGCAGCGCCCUCCCGGCUCCUCCCUUCGUGGCUUUCCUGACAGACCUGAGGCCGGGGGCGCACCGCAGGCUUGCUGAAUGACGUAGUGGCCUUACGGUCCUUCUCCUGGACCAGGUGGGUCAGUGUGGGUCCUUUAGAUGUGGGCAUUUCGGUGUUGAAGUGAUGACGACAACUACUGCUUUUAAAGGCGACGGGUAGAAAAGCCGCCCUGGCCGGCUCCCAGCCAACACAUGGCUGUUUCUAGAUUCUGAACAGGAGAUGAGCCAGUGCUGAGAGGCGAACGAGAUGCUUGCCUUUUGUCCCCUCGUCAGCCUAGUGUCUUACUGGACUAAUUCCCGCCACAAACAAAUGAAGCCUCAGUGUCAUUCACUUCCCUUGUGGAGAGUGUGAAGUGUCACACUUUUGUCACCUUACGUCCAGCGUUUGGAAACUCAUGGCUGGAAGAGAUUUCAAGGCCCAUAUUUGUGUGUUCUUUACAGAAUCUGGAGGGUGGUUAACUGAAUCUCUGCAUAAAGUUUCUAAACUUCCCAACAGUUUUUCCUUAUGUGGAACUUAACUCUUUCUCGCCCUCUUUGUGUUCUCUCGCAAGCCCAAGACGGUUCUGUCCCUUCGGUAGAAAUAAUAACGUGAGUGUUCGAAACCAACCAGCCCCGUGUGCAGGCAUGUGGGGGGCGCGAAGGGGCUGCCUGAGGGAGCAGGAGAUGGGGGCGUCUGGAGCGGCCCAGGAAGGUGCGAGGGCAGCCAGGGACGGGUGGGGGAGUCAGGCUCCGGACAACAUGGCAACAGAGGUCACUGAGAAGCAAACAGGUUCAAUAUAAAUCUCAGGCUUUUUAAGGUAAGAGGUUUACUUAUAAAAAGGAUAACCCAGCUGGAAGAAAAAAGAGGCUGAAAAAAAGCUCCACGAUAAGCAUUUAGAAAAAGAAUCCAGAUGGGACAAUUGUGAAAGUGCGCUCUGGGUGGACUGUUAAGAAUCACAAUGCUCUUUAUUGGUUGAUUAAAAACAGCUAACAGCACUUGAUAAUUGUGUCAGCUAUUGGAAUUUGGAAAUAAAAGUAUAAUCAUUAGUGGCAUGUAUACAUUUAGAGCCCAUCAAAACUGCGUUAGGAACAGGUUUGUAAAUUGUCCUUUGAAGCAUGAGUAGCUUCCACUCCCUUAAUGGGAAAAAGAACUAAAACAAGAAGCACCUGACCCCAGCGGGCCCCGGUAUAGCUCUGAGCAUCCGGAACGGUCAGUGCCAGGAUUUACUUCAUAGAAAACCAACACAGCUAUGCAGUCUGCAAGGAGCUUUGGCUCCUCUGAGGACUUCCUAGUGUACAAUUAACUCCCAACACCCACACUUUGACCUCAUAUGCUUCUGACCUAAGGGGAACCACGAACCUAGGAACAGACUCCUGAGAAAAAGUAAAUCUACCCUCCCCUCUGCCAACAUAUGUGCACACAGGGGCUGUUCUAAUUUGCAGGCGGCUGGACAUGGGCAGGAACCCUAUGCCCAGGCUCCUUCCUCCCCCAGUAACCAAGUGCAGCAUGGGGGGAAAAAUAGCUUCAGGUAGUAGAUAAAUUAAUGAGAAAUCCUGUGAAACUUCAUUUUUAAUGGCUGAAUAAUUUAAAACAUUCUGCAGGAAUUCAGUUUAUUUUCCAAAUGAAAAUAACUUUUUAGUAUUUGAAAAAUGACAUUUGUAAUUAUUGUAGAUUUGGACACUAACAAAAAGAAUAAACAAGUAAGAAUCACCCCAGAAUUCAUCAUUUGGCAAAACACAUUUACUAUUUUGGUAAACAUGUGCUUGAUUUGCUUGGGUUGUAUUUUACACACUACACGUCAUAUUAUUUUAAAUCUGUUUUUGACUUACUCUAGUAAAAUAAUUUUCCUGUGUAAAUU